CUGUGACUCCUACAUGUUCAAGAUACAAUAUCCAAUGUCAACUGAUUGUCAUGAUUAGAGAGAAACUUGUGGUCAGGCUGACGUAAAAUCGCUCUGUGUCAAGACUUACUUAAAGAUGGUAUUGAGAUAGAUAACAGUUUACAGAAGCUCACGAAAACAAACAGAAUCAGAUGUACUACACUAUAUCCUAUGGUUUUCAAAGUAUGUAUGAACAUGGAAGCAAAUACAGAACUCAAAUGAACUUUGCCCCCAUGACACUAGAUGCCCUAAAGUAAAGGUUGAAAUUGCCUUUAUGGAGGAAAAUAACUGAUAUAGUUAGAUAGCCAUAAAACUAUCAAUAUUAAGUAAUUCUGUGUUAUUUGGGUUAUAUUAAAUUAAAAUUAUUGUCAAUUUCCUGUCCUAUUGUUUGGGAGAGUAGCAGCAGACACAUCACAGACAUUCAGAGAAAAGGCAGCAAGGGAAGCCUACACACAGCAAAAGAAGGCCUGGAAAUGAAGCUGUGUGAGAAAGCAAGGAUAGGGAACUUUGGGGGCAGAAUGCUGUUUGGAAAGAAGCUUGGAGCUGUGAGUAAAGAAACUGCCACCUGUUCGAUUCAUACUUUGUUCUGGGAAACAGUCCUUUGUGUACUUUCUUUGUAAAUAAACAGGAUUGCAUACAAGGAAUAUCUAUCAUCAGUUUCUCCUCCUAAUAGAAACAAUCUGCAAGCCCCUAAAUAUUGGCUAGCCACUCAUGCCCAAAGGUGUAAUACCGGUGGAAAUCAUUACAAAUCAGGCUUUUCCAAUUUUCACCAAAAUCAGGAGGGUUCUUGAAUCUCACCUGAGUGUGGGGCAGGGUGAGGGGCCUGGCUGGGUGUACAGUUUGGCCUGCCUAAGCAAUGAAGUACGUGUGUGAUCCUCUAGUAUAAAUAUUAAAAUGAAUCCAACCCCUGAAUCAUAGUGUAUUGGUAGCAUUAUAGCUUUCAGCAAUUUCAUCCAAGAUACAUUAAGCCAGGCUGCAAUAUGUAGUGUCAGAUCCUUACAGGCUUGCCAGUUGCAGCGCUGCAUUCUACAAAGUCAGCUAUAAUUUGCUGGCCUGGAUGGGAUCCCCCACAGUGACUAUCAUAUAAAGGUCUGUGGAGGAGGUAGAGGGACUCAGCUCUAAUGCAUCUCCCCUCAGGUGCAGAAGUGGGAAGAGACUCAGCUUUAUGCAUUUUCUCCUUUCUUGUGACCUACGGAAGCCUCUCCACAGAGCUAUAAAGGAUGAUGAAGCGCCCUAAAAUUAGCCUUCUUACUACUUUGUAAAAAGCAAGCAGGGAGGCAGCAGCCUGCACUAAGACAAGCAAAGAGGCACAGGACAGGAAGGACACUGUACCGAGGCUCGCUCACACACAGGCAGGUCACAUCACGUCAUGAUUGUUGCAAGACAUGUACACUCUAUCCUGGAAUCGUCUAUGUGACUUCAAGACAAAGCUGCCAGGUCAUUGGUCCAUGUCAAAUUACAGGUACCAGGCCUUUGACGAUAUUGGGGUGUCCCCUGAUGCAGCAUAAGGGGUCACUGACCCCUAUAAAAGACUCUAACCAUCCAGAAAGCAGGGAAAGGGCCUGUCUCACAACAGCAUCAUCACCCAAUGUUGUACCUUGCUGUCUUCCCUGAACUGGCCAUACAGAGAAGAAGAGGUGAAAGAUACUGAACAUUUGCUACGCCAAGCCUGAAGCUACAACUGAGAGAGAAGAAACCAAACUUUCCUCCUGCAUGCAAAAAAUCUUCAAGUUCCAUCCUAUUGUCAAUAAAGAUACUGGUAAAUAUCAACUCAGUUCCAAAACUAAGAUCAAUCACAUGAGUUAAGGACCUUAAUAGGAAGGCUUGAAAAUCCUUCUGUACAGCAAAUUUGAGGAUGUUCAAAUCACUCCAAUGCCCAUUAACCAUGCAAGACAACAGUUUAGAAUCUUCCACUUCAAUAUCUCAACUUCUGAGAGAGAGUUAUUUAGCUGAAACCAGACAUCCAGGGAACAGUGAAAGAAGUAGAUCAGAAGCAUCUCCACAUACUUUCCAUUAUGGCAGUACUUCUGGGGCUUCAGAGGAAGUAGCUGGCCAAGAUGACCUUCCAGAUCUCUCUGCCUUUUUGAGCCAAGAAGAAUUAGAUGAAAGUGUAAAUCUGGCAAGACAAGCAAUUGAUCAAGAUCCACUUGAAAAACAGGAUGAGCAACAGACACAUGUACAUUAUAGCUCUGAUCAAGUGAAAAACUGUGGAAAAACAGUUUCAAACAAACAAGUGGCCCAGUCCACAGCUUUGCCAACUUCAGACAAUGGUCUCCAUUCAAACUUUUGCCUGGAUCAUGUCACAGAAACAAAAGGUUCCAAAGAGAGCACUCAGGAUCUAAAGAAACAACAGUUUGGUUCUGAAGCAGAAUCCAAAAAGGAAUUCCUAAACAAGGCAGCAGAUUUUAUUGAGGAGCUUUCUUCACUUUUCAAAGCACAUAAUUCUAAAAGAAUAAGACCUAAAACAUGCAAAAACUACAGGAGCAAACUUGAAUCUAAAAAUAAGGCUGCUCAAGAAGGUAGCCCUAGUUUCCCAAAGCUGUCAGAAAAGAGAGAACGACCUUCUAUUCCAGUACCUCAAGACUUGGAUAAUAAAGCAGAGGAUAUACUUGAAAAAACAAAUGAUCGACAGGAGGCAAACUUGGAAGCUAUAAAUCAAUUAGAAAGUACAGAAUUAACAACAGAGGCAGCACCCACAUCUUUAUAUUUUGAGGAGCCUAUCGGACAGCCACCACACUUUACACAAAAACUGAAAAGCAGAGAAGUUCCUGAAGGAACCAAAGUGCAGUUGGACUGCAUUGUGGUAGGAAUUCCAGCACCUGAAGUCAGGUGGUACUGUGAAGGAAAGGAGCUUGAAAACUCACCAGACAUUCACAUUAUCCAGUCAGGAGAUCUGCACUCAUUGAUUAUAGUUGAAGCUUUUGAAGAAGACACCGGACGUUAUUCUUGCUUUGCUUCAAACAUCUAUGGGACAGACUCAACUUCUGCAGAGAUAUACAUAGAAGGUGCCUCCUCUUCUGAAUCUGAAGGCGAAAUUAGCACAGAAGAAAUGGAUCACGGCCAUAAACCAAGUGAUAGCUCUUUGAAUGCACCAUCUCCUGCUGCUAACACUACAACCACUCAUCAAGAGACACCAAAGGUGCCAUCUACUGUGGGUCAGCCAGUUUAUCAGAGUCAAAGCCCCACUAAUUAUUUGCAAGGAUUGGAUGGAAGACCUUUAAUAGCUGCUCCUGUGUUUACAAAGAUGCUACAGGAUAUUUCAGCUUCUGAGGGUCAGCUGGUUGUCUUUGAGUGCAGGGUGAAAGGAGCUCCUUCUCCAAAGGUUGAAUGGUACAGAGAAGGGACAUUAAUACAAGAUUCUCCAGAUUUUAGAAUAUUGCAAAAAAAACCUCGAUCUAUGACUGAGCCAGAGGAGAUUUGCACUUUGGUAAUUGCUGAGGUGUUUUCAGAAGACUCUGGGAGUUUCACAUGUACUGCAAGCAAUAAAUAUGGCACUGUCUCUAGCAUCGCUUGUCUAACUGUUAAAGGGCCUGAGGACCAUAGCAACACUGCUGCCCUUCAUACAAUGAGCUCAAUCAACUUAAUUGCUGCUGAACAACAUCCUACCCCACUCAUCUCUUCACUUCCAUUGGUGGAUCAGCCCCCAAAACCUAAAUUAGAAGGGGUCCUUGUGAACCACAAUGAACCAAGGUCAAGUUCUAAGAUAGGCCUCCGAGUGCACUUUAAACUGCCUGAAGAUGAUAAAGGAAGUGAAACAUCAUCAGAAGAUGGAGGAGUAUCUGCAAACCAGGUUAGACCACACUACUUCCGGGAGAGGAUUAAUGGACAGACAAUGAAAAUACCAGAGCCAACCUCACCUACAAAAGAGCCCCCUCCAGUACUGGCUAAACCAAAACUAGAUCCCACCCAGUUACAACAGCUCCACAACCAGGUCUUGCUUGAACAGCAGCAUCUACACCAGCCAUCUCCCCCAUCUCCAAGAGAACUGCCAUUCAACACAGGUAUAUUGAACUCCACUACUUCAUUCAACCAGCAGUCUACAUCAACUAUAUACAAGCAGGCCAAAGUCUCUCCUUCACAGACAUUCAGCUAUACCCGACCGAAACAGUUCCUUGUGUCCCAGAACACCACACCACCUAUCAACUCCCCUUCCAGCUCCCCAGUGCCUACAUUCAGCAGCGUGCCUCAAGGAACCCAAAGAACAAUGAACAAGGAAAAUUUCGUUGAAUCUCCUCCACCAAUCCAGACAAGGUCUCCGGGAGGGUUUACAAGCCAAAGUGAGCAGCCUCUAGCAAGUCCCAAAGAAUCAGUGUUGCCUCCACUAUUGCUUUCUAUAUCUAGCCUGAACCAAUUUCAGCCCCACAGCAUACUUCCUACUCCUGUCUCUCCAAUCAGCCGGAUUCAGAACCCAGUAGCCUUUCUCAGUUCUGUUCUUCCUUCACUUCCUUCUAUACCACCAACCAAUGCUAUGGGUCUGCCUAGAAGCGCACCAGCUGCAGCAACCCAUGGACCAAUGAAGAAAAAUCUAAAGCCCCUGCAAUUAGCAUCGGAUGAUUAUAUUCAUGACAAUAAAGCUGCAGUUGUAAGGGACUUGCAGAGAAAAAUGCAUUUCAAAGAGGAUGUCCGUCGACAUAGUAGUCAGCAGAGAACAACAUAUGAUGAAAAACUGGCCCACAGACUUCAGGGACCAAGCAAUGAUUCCCCAGUCUUCAACUAUACAACUCAAGAUGUAUCCAAGGAAUACAAGAUUUCAAGCUUUGAACAGAGGUUGAUGAAUGAAAUAGAGUUUCGCCUGGAACGUACCCCAGUGGAUGAAUCAGAUGAUGAAAUCCAACAUGAUGAAAUACCUACAGGCAAGUGCAUAGCACCCAUCUUUGACAAGAGACUCAAGCAUUUUCGGGUCAUGGAAGGAUCUCCUGUUACAUUCACCUGCAAAAUUGUUGGAAUACCCAUACCCAAAGUAUAUUGGUUCAAGGAUGGCAAGCAGAUUUCAAAGAAAAAUGAACAUUGCAAAAUGAAGAGAGAGGGAGAUGGAACAUGUUCUCUACACAUUGAAGCUACUACUAAUGAUGAUGAUGGAAACUAUACAAUAAUGGCUGCAAAUCCUCAAGGGAGAAUCAGUUGUUCUGGCCACUUGAUGGUUCAGACUGUUCCCACGCGUGGCCGAUUAACAACUACUCAGUCGCAUAGAGCAAGGUCCCGUGUGCAAGAAGGAGAUAAAGAACCACUACAAGAACGCUUUUUCCGGCCAUAUUUUCUGCAGGCACCUGGAGACAUGGUAGCUCAUGAGGGGCGACUUUGUAGACUGGACUGUAAGGUGAGUGGGUUACCAACUCCAGACCUGAUGUGGCUUCUGAAUGGCAAACCUGUAUUACCAGAUAGCACUCACAAGAUGUUGGUCAGAGAGACUGGUGUUCACUCUUUGCUUAUUGAUCCUCUCACACAAAAUGAUGCUGGAACUUAUACUUGCAUUGCAACCAACAAAACAGGACAAAAUUCAUUUAGCCUGGAGCUCAGUGUUGUAGCAAAGGAAGUCAAAAAAGCCCCAGCAUUUCUGGAGAAGUUACAGAAUUGUGGCGUGCCUGAAGGGCACCCAGUCAGAUUAGAAGGCAGAGUGAUUGGAAUGCCACCACCAAUAUUCUACUGGAAGAAAGACAAUGAAACCAUCCCUGCAAACAGAGAAAGGAUGAGCAUGCAUCAAGACACAACAGGAUACGUGUGCCUUUUGAUUCAACCUGCCAAGAAAGUAGAUGCUGGUUGGUACACUCUGUCCGCGAAAAAUGAAGCUGGUAUUGUUUCAUGCACUGCUAGACUUGAUAUAUAUGCCCAAUGGCACCAACAGAUUCCACUACCAAUAAAGUUUCGACCUAGUGGUGGCCGGUAUGCAAACCUCACUGGUCAAGGACUCGACAUUUUUUCUGCCUUUUCAGCUGUUGAAAGUCCAAAGUUGUUUUCAUCCCCAUCCCAGAGCGUGGUGGAAAGUGAAGAACUUUAAAAACCUACAGUUCCAAUUAUACCCACAGAAAUAUUAAACUAUAAUUAAAAAAAAAGAGAGAAGGUACAAACCAAGAGACUCAAGGUUUACAAGCAACUUGUUUUUAGUAAGUGUUCUGCUGCUGGAACUGCUGCAAGUUACAUAUUGUACAAGAUGUCUGCCUUGUAUUUUACUCCAGUAUGAUUGUGGUAUAAAGUGUAGCGCAAAAAAGUUCAGUGUUAUGUCUUUUUCUGAGAAUCUCAGAGUGAAGAGACAUAGUUUUAGCACUUAAAAAUCAACACCACUUUUUAAUGCUUCAGUUAAAGCUCCUGUAACAAGCAAAGUUAAAGAUUUGUGGUGUUUAACUGGAUACUGCCAAUGAAAGGACUUACGCUGUGAUAGAGAGUAAAGAAUGUGACUUUGAAUAUAAUCCUAAAAGGAUUUGCAUAAGGAAAAGAAAAGAAGUUGGAACAUAAUUUUUGUAUGUGAUCAUAGUAGAUAAGACUAUAUAAACAUAGCAUUUCAUGGAGGUACAGCUGUAUACAGUAUAUAUUUAUAUUUGUGUGUUUGUGUGUACAAACCAUGCCAUGUGUACUCAUGGUGUUUUGAAACAUACAGUAAAAUAUAAGGCAUGUGCUCAGGACAUUAACACAUAAACCAAACAUCCUAUUUUGUAUGAAGCACAUACUGUAGAGAUCACAGCUGAAACUACUGUAUAUUUCCAUGUAUGCUUCAUAUUUGUUCCUCCUCAGUUUUAGUGACUCCCUGAUUUUAAACACAGAGUACUGUUCUUGUAACUUUAUGAUUUUUAAAUUCAAGUCUCUUUCCACAUGAGUUGUUGACAUGCCUUGACAAAAAAAAAGCACAUCAUAUGGCUCAUUUGCUAAACUGACUAAAGAGGAACUAUGGCCUGGUGCAAUUAAAACUUCUUUCGGGAUCAUUUAGAAAACUUAAUCACAGGUAGAGUUCCUACUAUUAAAACAGGGGGAAAUGGAUCUGUAACAUGCAAAGAAGGUUAUAAUAUUUAAGAAACACAGUGGUUAGUAUAAACAACUAAAGUAAGUUUUCUACCCUGAUAAAUAGUUGGUAAACCAGGGAAUGCUAUAGGGGUCUAUAACGAAGGAUAUUUAAUAACAGCACUAAACAAACACUUUCAGUAUAUUUCUCUUUUACAUAAUUUUACUGACAACCUUCUGACCCCAAUGGUUAGAGGUUAGGGAUGUAUAUGAUGAUUUCCUGCACAUGAUUUGGACUUUAUUUUCAGCAGUUCUAACUCACUACUUUAAACUUGAUCAGGGACAGCCAUGGGGUCCUAACUAGACUCAUACAGGGGCUUAAAUAUCACAUUUACAGACGCUGUAAUUUUAGAUCUUAUUUGGCUUGCUUUGCAAUUCAGUGCUUUUUCACAGUUUUAAAAAAAGGUACUAAAUUCAGAAAAAGAAAGAAAGAAAGAAAGAAAGAA